UCUACAAAUUGCAUGUAUGAAAAGGAGAAGAUAAAUAGUAUGAUACAGUAGUAUCACUGAAGGAAAUAGUUGAUUAUAAAAAAAAAUAAUAACCUUAAAACUAAAGGGAAAUUUUUUAUUUCAAUACCAAAAAGUGGCUUUCAUGGAUGUACACGUAAUAUAUAACUAAAUGCCAAUCCUCGCAAUAGUAAAAUACAAAGUGGUCAAUUGUGUUUAAAAGGUUAUUUGUAUGGCAAACGGCACAAUGGGAAGCUUCGCACCGGAAAUCGAGCAGAUCAUCAGCCAGCUUGAGCGUGGCACAAUAGUAACAAGAUUUUUUCCAAGGAAAAGACCCGAGAAAAAGAUGCUCAUGAUCAGAAGAGAAACCAGGCAAAUCGCCUGGGCCAGAAACUCCACAACAAAAGCCUAUGAUGGAACAAUUGAAAUGAGAGAAGUAAAACUAAUCAGAAUAGGAAAAUGUUCCAAAGACUUUGAUAGGUGGCCUGAAGAUGCUAAAAGAAUGGACCACCAAAGAUGUUUUGUUGUUAGUUAUGGAUCUGAAUUUAAAUUAAAAACCCUUUCCAUAGCAGCUUUUUCUGAAAAAGAAUGUGAAAUUUGGGUUCGUGGUUUAAAAUGUUUAGUAGAUGAUACAAUUGCAGCACCAUAUCCACUCCAGGUAGAAAGAUGGCUAAGAAAAGAAUUUUACGCAAUGGAAAAUAUAAGAGAAACAGUAACAUUAAAAGAUAUAAAAGCGUUUCUUCCAAGAGUAAAUUGUAAAAUAGGUACAAAUAAACUAAGAGAAAUAUUUCAAGAUGUAGACAUCAGAAAACGUGAAGAGCUUACUUUCGAUGACUUUGCUAAGCUCUAUCAUAAAAUCAUGUUUGAUGAAACUACUUUUAAAGAUAUUUUAGAACAGUAUUCUUCGGUUGUCAAUGAGGAAAAGAUUGUGACUGUUAAAGACUUAACUAGGUUUCUCGUGACAGAACAGGGUGACAGUGUCGACGGGAAAGAAGUAUCAAAACACAUGAGGGAGUAUCUGCAAGACACUCUGAGAAAUGUUCACGAACCAUAUUUCACUCAAGUUGAGUUUUUAGAUUUUUUAUUUUCAAAACAGAAUGAUCUUUGGAAUUAUCACCUGAACGAAGUUUCUGAUGACAUGACGAGACCAUUGUCACAUUAUUGGAUUGCUUCUUCUCAUAAUACCUAUUUAACAGGAGACCAGUUCUCCAGUGAGUCUUCCUGUGAUGCAUAUAUCAGAUGUUUAAGAAUGGGAUGCAGAUGCAUUGAGCUUGACUGCUGGGAUGGACCAGAUGGGAUGCCUAUUGUAUAUCAUGGCCACACUCUUACCACUAGAAUAAAAUUUAUUGAUGUAAUUAAAACAAUCAAAGAGCAUGCUUUUGUUGUUUCUGAUUAUCCUGUGAUUCUGUCAAUUGAAGAUAAUUGCUCAUUACCACAACAACGUAACAUGGCCAUAGCAAUGCAGGAAAUAUUUGGAAGCUUAUUGUUGACCCAUCCUGUAGAGAAGAAUGAAACUGUUUUACCUUCACCCGAACAACUCAAGAGGAAAAUAUUGCUCAAACAUAAAAAGUUACCUGAGGGUGUUGAGGAUGAUUCUAUUUUAUUUACAGUUGAAGAUGUACGAGAUAUGGAUUUGAGAAACACGGUGAAAAACGGUGUGCUUUACCUAGAAGACCCUGUCGACAAAGUUUGGAAUCCGCAUUUUUUCGUUCUUACUCAGAACAAGCUGUUUUACACAGAUACGUUUCACAGCAAUGUUGGUGAAGAUGGAGACGAUGAAGGCGAAGCUGAAGGAAAUGCUAGUCCUGUCGGACCCUUGAAACUCAGAGAGGGCAUACCUCAUUAUGAACUUCAUUUCGGGGAGACGUGGUUUCAUGGCAAGCUCUCCGGUGGUAGGGCUGAGGCCGAAAGCUUGCUCAAAUCUUACAAGCAUCUUGGAGAUGGUACUUUUCUAGUCAGGGAAAGUGAAACUUUUAUUGGGGAUUAUUCUUUGUCAUUUUGGUGGAAAUGUAAAGUCAACCAUUGUAGGAUAAGGUCGAAGCAGGAACUUGGGCAGACGAAGUACAUGCUAAUCGACAACGCAUGUUUCGACAGUUUGUACAGUCUUAUAACGCAUUACCGUUCACACCCAUUAAAAAGCCAGGAAUUUGUUAUAACUCUCACUGAGCCUGUGCCGCAGCCGAAUAAGCACGAAGGUAAAGAAUGGUACCACCCCAACAUUUCCAGACUCGAUGCAGAAAAUCUUCUUAAACGAGUGCCGUAUGAAGGCGCUUUUCUUAUAAGACCUUUGGAGAAAGUUCCAAAUCCAACUGCCUACGUACUUUCAUUCAGGACAGAUAAAAACAUAAAACACUGUAAAAUAAUGAUGGAAGGCAGGCUGUACACCAUAGGGACAUAUCAGUUUGAAAGUUUAGUUGAACUCGUCUCUUAUUACGAAAAACAUCUAUUAUAUGGGAAAAUCAAAUUAAGAUGCCCAGUUGGGGAGGAUAGUGGCCAUAGGUUACCAUUGGAUAUGGAUGAUGGAUCAAUAUUAGGUACCCCUGGCUACAUGGAUCCGAGCAGUUUUACUUCAAAGGUCACGGUGAAGGCUUUGUAUGACUACCAAGCCAGACUGAACGAUGAACUAUCGUUCUGUAAGCAUGCUAUUAUAACAAAUGUGACUAAACAAGAAGUCGGAUGGUGGAAGGGUGAUUACGGUGGGAAAAAACAGCAUUGGUUCCCUUCAAACCACGUUGAAGAAAUUGAACCACAGCAGGAUAGAGACGAUAGUUCUUCAGAUUCCAUGCUUCUCGGGAACCUUCAAAAAGGAAGUCUCGACAUAAUGGGAGCAGUCGUCGAAUUGGCUCCCGGCAAUACGAGGGGUUUGGUGAACAUCCUCAGGAUUCAGAAUCCCAAUAUGUGCACCGUAUUUGAAGCCGGAGUAGAAUCUCACGAUCAAGCUUUGGAGUGGGUGAAGGCGAUUAAAGACACUGCCCAGGAUGCCAGUCUAAGAGAUGUUAAACACAAAGAAAUGGAGAAAAGCUGGAGAAUAGCUAAGGAGAUAUCAACAUUGAUAGUAUAUUGCAGAAGCGUAGCCUUCAAUAUUGACAAAAUAAAACAGAAAGGUUUCGUUUUCUCCGAAAUGUCUUCUUUUCCAGAAACAAAAGCAGAAAAGUUGAUUGUACAGCAAGAAUGGGAAUUCUUUCUAAAAUACCACCAGCAUCAAUUUAGUCGAGUCUACCCUAGAGGUCAGCGUAUUGAUUCAUCUAAUUAUAAUCCGAUGGGGCUUUGGAAUGUUGGGUGCCAGAUGGUAGCUCUCAAUUAUCAAACACCAGAUAAACCCAUGCAAUUGAACCUAGCCAAAUUCCGUCAGAACAGGGGUUGCGGCUAUUUGUUGAAACCCAACUUUAUGUUCAAUCCUUUGUUUGACCCUCACAACAAGCAAUCAGUGGCUGCACUGAAGAGUCCUGGGUUUCGGUUGGUUGUUACUUUAACUGUUAUAGCGGCAAGACACUUGCUUAGAGCUGGACGAGGCAUGGCAAGCCCGUUCGUCGUAGUCGAAGUUCUAGGUGCCGAUUACGACACGGGUAUAAAACUCACGACUAGGAUAAUUUCUGAUAAUGGACUGAAUCCUGUUUGGAAUGAAUCGUGCGAAUUUGAAGUAAUAAACCCUCGCCUAGCCAUGUUGAGAUUUAGUGUCGAAGACGAGGACAUGUUUGGUGACCCAAAUUUUAUUGGGCAGGCCACUUAUCCAUUUUGUGGCUUGCGCACUGGCUAUAGGAGUGUACCGUUAAAAAAUGGAUACUCCGAGGAUCAUGAAUUAUCCACAUUGUUGGUCCAUAUGAAAUGGCAUUUUCCACCUUCACUUCCAUCAAGCAGUAGUGCAUCAUCUCAUUUAUCAAAGUCUAGUGUGGAAACAGAGGCUACAGAAUGUUAAAAGUAUCCUCAAUAAGACUGAUUCCAUGUUAAAAUUCGUAAAACAGUCUCAUUAGCCACUUUCCAUCACAUUCGUGCUUUGUUGACUUACGUUCCUCAUACUUGCUUUGUCAUACUCCAGGGCUUCCUUUAGAUAUUUGAACAACUUGGAUGAACAUGUUAAGUAACAAUUUGAGAAACAGCUUUAUAUUUUAUUUUAGAUUAUUUUGUCCAAUUCCAGAAAUAAAAUGAAUAAUAAGAUAAAGAGAAACCUAUUUCUCAUCAAGUUAGGCUUAUCAUUUACCCUCACUACAGACUAAAUUUUCUUCAUUCAUUUUCAAAGAAGAAAAAAGACAAAUACUUGCGUUUUUAAUUGCUUCUUCUGCAUGAUGUACAAUCUAGGAAGUAAUCCUGUGAGGUUCAUUUCUUCAGCAGUCGGUCAGAUCAUUGCAUUUUGUUGCGAUUUUUCUCAAAUAGACACAAAAGUGAUGAUUUCACUGUAUAGAGAGAGAGCAAAAAUUUGUGGAUGUUCAUACUUUUUUUCUGUUUUGUCUAUCAUUCCAGCACUGUGGUGCAUAAUUUUUUCCUGAAAGUUUAAUCUCCAAGUAGAAAACGACUUUCAUCAGGUUUUUAUUGUGCUUUUGACGAUUGCUGUACAGGUUCAGUGAUAUCACUUAACAUGUUCAUCCAUCUUUUCAUUUAUUUUUUUUAAAAUAUAAAUUGACCUAUUAUUUAAAAAGAUUAUUAAUUUUAUAUCAAGAGAAUCAAUUUCCUUCUUUCAUAUAUUCGUUUAUUCAAAGAUCUAUUUUCUUAAUUGACAAAUUGACUCUCUACCUCUUCUAUAAAAAUUCUAUAAAAAACUAAUGUGAUACAAAUUUUAAAGAAUUUUCAAGUAAUAAUCAACUCUUUUUAACGUAAAUUUAAGAAUAUUAGCAAACUUCUAAAUCUCUACUUUGUCUGCUGAAAUUUUCUAAGCAUUUUAAACUAAAGAUUGUUAUUACAUAAGUUUU